AUGUCUAUGCUAUGGGGCUUUAUUACGGACUUCUUCACCUACGAGACGACCAAGUCUGUGCUGGUGAAAAGCUGGUCUGUUGGAAUCAUCAACCGCGUCGUACAACUGCUCAUCAUCAUCUACUUCGUUUGUUGGGUCUUUUUACACGAAAAGGCAUACCAGGUGAAAGACUCUGGCAUCGAGUCUUCUGUCAUGACUAAGGUGAAGGGCUUCGGUUACCAUAACAACCGUGUGAUGGACGUGGCGGACUAUGUCGCCCCUACGCAGGGUGCCGCAGUGUUCUGCAUCAUCACCAAGCUCAUCGUCACGGAGAAACAAUUUCAAGGCUUCUGCCCUGAGAGUGAAGUGAAGUACGAGUGUGAAACAGAUGAAGACUGUGACAAGCAUUUAGGGAGCUUCCUUGGAAACGGAAUAAUAACUGGUGCCUGUGUGAACUCCUCUGAAGGAGGCCGCUGUGAGAUGGAGGGUUGGUGCCCUGCUGAGAAUGACAAAGUCAUAAUGCAACCAAUGAUGGAGGUGGAAAACUUCACCAUCUUCAUCAAGAACAGUAUCCGCUUCCCUAUGUUCAACGUCACCAGAGGGAACUUCCCGUCAUCGCUGAAUAAAACUUAUAUCAGGAGCUGUACAUAUGACCCGGAGCACAACCGGCACUGUCCCAUCUUCAAGGUGGGAGAUGUGCUGCGCUAUACUGGACAGAACUUCUCCACCAUUGCUCAGACAGGUGGAGAGAUCGGGAUCAAUAUUGAAUGGGAGUGUAAUCUGGAUGAGUCAGAAGAAAGAUGUCAACCACAUUACUCCUUUACGCGACUUGAUGCUGUGUUUCAGAAGAACGCCAUCUCUCAGGGAUACAACUUCAGAUUUGCCAAAUAUUACAAAACGGAGAAUGGGAUGAAGAAUCGGACGGACUUCCGCACUCUCCACAAGGCCUACGCCAUCCGCUUUGACAUCCUGGUCACUGGGCUUGCAGGGAAGUUCAACACAGUUCCUACUCUGAUCAACCUAGUGGCAGCCUUUACCUCUGUGGGACUGGGUACGGUCCUCUGUGAUAUCAUCCUCCUGAACUUCCUGAAGGGGGCGGACCAAUACAAGGCCAAGAAAUUUGAAGAGGUUUCUGAGUCACAGAUACAGAUAUUACUCUCCCGAGAAAGUUGCAGCCAGCUGUCAGUCAAAGCAGAGGAGAAGAUUUCAGAUGACUCGGGAGCUGUCUCCCUUUACCUGGACCAGCAGCUUUGA